AUGGAUUUCGAAUGCACAUGCGAAGCGGAACUCUAUGAUUAUGAGCAUGAAAUUAUCGAAUUUCCAGCCAUACUUGUCGAUGUGCACAGAAGAGAGAUCGAGAUGGUCGACAAAGCAAUGCCGUUCAUCGAUGUGUUGGAUUCGUUUCGAGCCUGGAUGCAAUCUCAUCACCUGGGCCAGAAAGGCGUCCACUAUGCUUUCAUUACUGAUGGGUCUGUUCAUUUUUUGAUCCCUGAAGUUGUUUCGUUUGACCAGAAAUAG